CGGGAAAAUGAGGAUUUACGCAGCACUGCCACCAGCCUAAUAGGAAUAUUAAAAGUCUAAAUAACUUAACAAAGUAUAAACAACAUUCCGACAAUUUUUGUUGAUUGAUUUGUUGUCGGCCAUUGUCAAUUCGUUACUAUUUUUAAACGCGUCCAAUGGUUGCUAGAUGAAUGUCACAUGUAUACACUGUACGUCAAAUAUCGCCAGUUGACAUUCAAUCUGGAAUACAAGCAAGCCAUAAAGAACAGUUCAUUCAGAACAGCUGUAACAGCAACGUCACUAGCGCACUCCAGCAAGAUAAACGGGGGUGCUUAUUUUCGAACAUACAAAAUUUCAUCGGAAUGCAGCCAAAUUCCAAGUAUGUACCACUGACAAGUGGUGCAUCGAGCAGUGGCAGUGAGGCUACCGGACCGGUGGCUACCUGGAGUCGGAACAGAGUGAAGAACAUUCUCAAUGCGAAAGGUUACAUCAUCGGACAGUGCAUUGGAUCUGGGUCCUAUUCGAAGGUCUAUCAAGCAUACUAUCGACCAGCUCGGUUGGAGUCCGGACCGGGACACUCGAUAGCUUGCAAGCUGAUCGAUCGGCGCCGCACCUCGAAGGAUUACGAGCGAUUGCUGCCGCGUGAAACGGUGGCGAUGCUGGCCCUCAGCCAUCCACACAUCGUGUCGGUGAUGUCGAUCCAAGAGUACGGACCGUUCGUGUGCGUUUUUAUGGACUACUGCCGGCACGGGGAUCUGUUGCAGUAUGUGCAGGAGAAUAAACGAGUGUCGAUGCGCCGAUCAAGGCUCUUUUUCCGGCAGCUGGUAGCCGCUGUUGAGUAUAUGCACGAGCAGGGCUUUUGCCAUCGGGAUAUCAAGUGUGAGAAUGUGUUACUAGCCAGCACCUCCUAUUUGAAGCUGACCGAUUUCAGCUUCGCCAAGAAGUGUAGCGAACCGAAUGGUGCGCCAAGUGAGCUGAGUGCAACAUACUGCGGUUCGAUAGCGUACACUGCACCCGAAGUCCUGAAGGGAAUUCCGUACGAUCCGAAGGCACACGACAUGUGGUCGCUUGGGUGCGUCCUGUUCAUCAUGGUGUCCGGUACGAUGCCGUUUGACGAGAGCAACAUAGCGGUCACGAUUGGGAAUCAAGAGCGCAAGCAGUACGGUUAUCCGGCCGAUAUGAAACUAAACCCCAUGAUCAUAGACCUGAUUGAUAGGCUCAUUGAGCCGCAUGUAAGUGUGCGUGCUACCAUUGGACAGGUGGCACAACACCCGUGGGUCGUAGGUUAGUGUGCAUGUUAAUUCGUCAAGAUACUUACAACGGAUGUCACGAUCAGCGCCAGUACAACGAUGAUAACGAGCAGGGCAAUCAGGAUCCCUCGCCAGUUCCGUUGGUUCGGAUUGGCCGAGACGAGCUGAAAUGGGAGAAAGAAAACGCGAGCAACCAAUUAGAAUGAGGCAUUUGAUUGAAACGAUGCUACGAUGCCGGCCUUGACGGUUAUCUGAGUGUGAAUUCCCUUUAUGGAUCCCUGAGACGUUCGAAGGGUACAGCGAAUGCCGUGGUAAGAGUGGAUUAAUUAAAAGUUAUGACCAGGAAGUUUCGAAUAGAUUAUCCCGAAUCCCCAAAAAGACAAUAAAGCUUAAAUUGGGAUUCUUGUGAAGGUCAAUAUGA